AUGGCACCCCGUAAGCUGACAUCGUUGAAGGCUUUGGUCGUGAAGCUGGGUGAAAUUCAAGCUGACCUGGACGAUAUUUGGAAGUUCGUUCAACGUUACGAUGAGGCCACCACCGCGACUGAUGUCAACAUUCGCUUAGAGAGGAUUGGCGAACUUUGGGAGAAGUACGGCGAGACGUUGGUGGAAAUCAAAUGCCACGACGACUACGACGAGGAUGAUGAGACCUUCAACAAGGAUCGUCUUAUCUACAGCGAUCGAUACUACCGCUCGAAGUCAUCCCUCACGGAUAAAGCGAAGGAGCUACAGGGUCUACCGGAGCAGGAUCAGUCAACGCGUGCUAACGACUCGAUGGUGCAUGGUGUCCUCGACCAUGUGCGACUGCCGCAGAUCAAGCUGCAGUCAUUCAACGGCGAUAUCGACGAGUGGAUUAGUUUCCGUGACUUAUUCACUUCCUUGAUCCACUGGCGGACUGAUCUACCGGAGGUGGAAAAAUUUCAUUAUUUGAAGGGGUGUCUUCAAGGGGAACCAAAGGCUCUAAUCGAUCCAUUAAAGAUAACGCAGGCUAAUUAUAAGAUCGCGUGGGAUGCGCUUACUAAGCGCUAUAACAAUAGUAAGCAGCUUAAGAAAAGGCAGGUUCAGUCGCUCUUUACUCUUCCAUCGCUUUCUAAGGAGUCGGUUUCGGAGUUGCACGUUCUAGUUGAGGGGUUCGAAAGAAUUGUGCACACUCUAGACCAGGUUGUUGAACCAGCGGAGUAUAAGGAUCUCCUGCUAGUCAAUCUUCUCACCAAUCUUUUGGAUCCGGUGACCCGCCGAGGUUGGGAGGAGUUUUCAUCCACGAAGGAGCAGGAUACUUUGGAGGAUCUGACGGAGUUUCUGCAGCGAAGGAUACGUGUUCUCGAGUCGCUUCCAACGAAGGCGGCUGAGUCUAGGGGUGGUCAACCGUGGCAGCAACAACCGCAGAGGCAGAAACAAUCCACAGCGAAGGCCAGUUACAGCACGGUGCAGUCAUCAUCAGGAGCACGAUGUGUGGCAUGUAAGGAGAGCCACUACCUCCAUCAAUGUGGCGUGUUCCAACGGAUGUCGGUGGCUGACAGAGAUGCCCUGCUGAAAACCCACUUCCUCUGCAGGAAUUGUUUCCGAGUGGGUCAUUUGUCCAAGGAGUGCCAGUCAAAAUUCAAUUGCAAGAAUUGUAAGGGUCGUCACCACACUUUGGUGUGUUUCAGGUCGGAGAAGGAUAGUUCUGCAAAGGUCACAGCGGUUGCUAGGGGCAACCUGGGAGGGAGCUCUCGAUACUACACAUCAAAUAAACAAAUACUGUCGUCAGGCAACAAGCAAAUUUUCUACAAGAAUAAACAAUCAACGUAG